AUGGCUUGGCCGGGUAGAGGUCGAGCUGCCUAUCAGCCAUCGCAGGCUUGGUGCUUUGCGACGCCAGAGGAAGUUCACGGCAGGCGCGUUGUUCACGAUAGUACGAACUGGGGACCAGACCCUACUCCCACGCCCUACGAGGCAUUCGCCCUCGAGUUCUCUACACGGGAUUGGGCCUCCAGCACAAUCUCGGAGGGGCACCACCAAAAGACGAAGGACGGUAGCGACAAUGGAACGAAAGAUGAUCUGCCUAGGACCGUCCAUGGUACAGUACAGGCCGCAGUGAAAGCUAGAUCACCAGCGGACACCCGAGCCAAAAGGGAGACAGUGACCUCGAAAGAAGUGUACACGGUCCGUGAUAUUGACGACAGCAAGAUCCGAGCAGACGAAAAUGCUGCAUCGACAUUGGGCACCCAAAUCCAAGCAAAGGCCAAAGGAAAGAGAUCGAAGCAAGUGAAGCUCCAGAAGACAACUGUGCCAAAACAACCAGACAAUGCCAACAAAGGUAAUGCUACUGAUAAGGCAGACGAAAAGCCUGGAUGGUCAGAGAAUAAUUCGGUCAAAACGAAGCGAAAAAAGAAGAAAAAGAAGAAGGCGGAGUCUCAGAAGAUGGCAGACAAAAUAAUCUUUUCGCACGCUAGAGAGCAUGCGGACCACAAUGGAUCGGGAGCUCAGAAAGCAGCGGAUGCAUCGACUUUCAGCUUGACUGAGAACAAGGGUGAAAUCAAAACUCAUAUCCAAUCUUCGGAACGCGCAGGGGAGACCACCACCUCUGAAACCAGAGGGAUCGGGGUGAACGAGCGCCAGUCCGACUUCCGGGAGGUGGCGAACGCCUCAAGCAGCAUUGAAGAAUUUGUAUCACUUUUCGAUCUCGUCAAAGAGACGGUGAGCAAAUACCGCAUGCAGUCUCCGGCUCAUUUUACGCUCCACAUCGAUGUUCAGCUCUCGGAUACGGGUCACAAACCCAAGCGUGACGGAUUUAGAUCUCAGCUUAGCAUAACUUUCCAAAACUACAGCCGCAUUUUCCAUUGGCUAUGUAGGCGGCAUUUCCACAAAGGCCUUCCAACGCGUAAGAUUGUGGUGUGCAAUAGAAAGCGUCUGCCGUUGAAAAAGCUGUUGGCCGAGCAUUUUCCGAUUUCGGAAGCCAGCACAUCAGAAGAAACAUUGAGGGAUUUCUGGAAUACGAAUGGCAAAAGCUUCGAUUGGGUCGGUCUGCCUACGGAGCUCAAAGAACACAUCAUCCAGUUCUGUAUCGUGACGGCUCCACGUUUCCCUGACAAGUUCCACGAUAUCACAAGCCUCAAAAGCUGCGGCCCGACCAGGAUGUUGCGCUCCUGUGAGCUGGUUGAUAGACUCGGCCGGUGGAAGCCUCUCCUGCGCGUCUCGACCCAGAUGUUUGAUAAAGGCCUUUGCAUGACGAGCUAUAGCCUAGCCGACUUCUCUACCCGUCUCUCCAAAUUGGAGAGCUACUCUCAGAUCUCCGAGCCGAACAGCGUGCCUGUCAACCCCAAAGACCCAGGCCAUCUACUAAUGGAAGUGUAUCGAGAUGCCCCGAAGCUCUAUCCUGAGCUAAAGCGGUAUGGCGAUUUCUCCAAAGGUAUUCGCAAGAUCGACAUAUCAUUCGAUUUUGUCACCUUCUAUCGCUUCUUUAAAGUCAGGGCGGGGGGUUUUGAUAAAGAGGGACGACCUUGUUGUUAUACCUACGAUGUGUUCGAGAAAAUGCCUCAUCUCAACGAGAUUGUCGUUCGCCUGCCUAAGAACCGCAAGAAAGACUGGAUCAACAAACCUCAUCAAAUCGAACGCCCCUUGUUCCACGCCGUCUUUCCUUGUCCCCGUACUGUAUUCAGAAUACUUUACGAGCGUAUUGCUGAGGUCCUCGCAGCGUAUGAGAACGUUAGUGUCAAGAACUUCCUGGAAAAAGGCGAAGAGGAGCGCUUCGGGGGUCUACGCAAAGCUGCGGUGAAAGCUCUACAAGAUGCAAAGUCGCCCAGGCCUCUCCAGCUUACCAUUGAAGAACUGCAAGAGAUCGGUAUGCACGAUGGAGGCGGCCUUCAUUUGACCAAAGAAGAAAUACAGCAGGUGCGCCAGGAACAGUAUGAAGGUGCCUUGUUGAAUAAGAAGAGUAAGGAGAUCAAGCAGCUUUUGGACGGUCUCUCCGAAGAGGCGCCUGCCACUGACGAAUUCUACCCGAUUCGUUGCGAAUGUGCUGUCUCUUGUCGUGAGCAGUACGAGUUCUGGCCCGACUGGUAA